CCCACCGUCGGAUCACUCAAAGCGUAACCCGCUUGACCAGAUCAAGCACGUGAUCGUCGAACCUGGAUAGAGAUCCCAUACUCUACUACUCUCACCAGUUUCUUCUCCUCCAGCACACUCCUCUUCUUCUGCUGCCCUCUCAAACCCUAAUCCCGGAAACUCACUUGCGAGCUCGUGGUCCUUCCCUUCUGCAUCGAAUCUCUGCAAGGUAAGCUAAAUUUGAUCGCUUCCGAUCUCCGCUCUCGCAAUUCUCAAGUGUUCCUAUUUCGGCAGAUUGUUUUUCCCCCCCGGUAACUUGCGGCUACUCCGAUAUCCCUGUCGAUCGUUUUGUAGUUUCGCGAUGAAAUGGUUUUUGAAAGUAGGAAUUUAUGUUACCGAAUUAGUCGAUUGACUUCGAAGUAUGAGGUGAUUUGAGUCGGUCCAAUUUGGAAAGUCGGUUUGGUGCAAGCUGAAAGUUUGUACGGCGCUAGUUGUUUUUAGGUAACAUCACUGCCCAGGAGGUUUUAUGGCUGACUGGUUGGUUGCGUUGGUUUAAUCUGGCACUUACAUGGCCAAUCGCUGCCAGUGUCGGUCAAAUGGUUUGGUGUUUGCUAGUACUAAGUAAAUCAACUAGGAUAUGGAAUUGGGGUUUUGAGGACUCCGUGUAUUUGGUUAGUAAUACGCAUAUGCAAGUAUAUAAGGCUUCCUUGGGAGUUAGGAUGUGGAAUUGGGGUUUUGAACACGACAUCGAAUCUGUGUGAAUCUGUCUACUUGUUAGCUUAAGAUGUUGCGAAAUAAUAGUCUUUUGCUUGCAUGACUGUAUCUACAAUGUGCUGAUGGUACAAGGUGCUUUUCAGUUCAUGCACUGCACAGCAUAUGAAUUUCUCAGAGAUCUAACUUCUCGGAAGUGAAACAACAGGACUCGUGGAAAAUUCAUAUAAUCUUUGUGGUCUUGGUCUUAUCGUAAGAUUCUUCUUUUGUCAUUGUCGGAGUUGGUCAUAGUUGAGCUAAACCAUGUAGGCAUUAUCACAUGCAUAACUAUCUUUAAUUACCAUUCACGUUAGCAAACUAAUGAAUGUUCCUAUCUUAACUUGAUGUGUUGCAGUCGGACUGCAUUGGUCCUUUAGUGAGUGCUCAUGCAAGUCCUUGAAUUGCUCAUUUGAACAAUCUUGACGAAAUUGCGAUAAGAAUAAAUGGAUUCAGUACCUGCUGAUCCGUCAGCUGUAUCAGCAAAAUCUCCUGAGAUACAACCAACCGCGCCAGUAGAUUCUGGAUCAGAUACUUCUGUGCGUGAUGUGCCAUCAAAGUUGUCUUCUUGGGCUAGAAGUUUCAAAAUCCCCCAGCCACUGACUACCACAGUGGAUGAUUCACCUACUGGGGGUGCUGGAAAAUCAACUUUUUCACGCUUCACAAGUGGUUUCGGGUUGCGUUCAUCUCCAAAAUCACCUCCAGCAAAUGAGGGUUCACAUGAACCUGAGACAUCCCCUGGCUUCAUUGGAACAAUUACCAAAGGUUUAGUUGAUACAUCAAAGAAUGCAGUGAAAGCGGUACAAGUCAAGGCUCGGCAUGCUGUUUCUCAAAAUAAGAGGAGGUACCAGGAUGGCGGAUUUGAUCUUGACAUGACCUACAUCACUGAAAAUAUAAUAGCUAUGGGAUUUCCUGCUGGUGAUAUGAGUUCUGGGUUUUUUGGCUAUGUUGAGGGGUUCUACCGCAACCACAUGGAAGAAGUGAUAAAGUUUUUCGAAAUGCAUCACAAGGACAAGUACAAAGUAUACAACCUUUGCUCUGAGAGGCUUUACGACGCAUCACUGUUCGAAGGAAAGGUGGCUAGUUUUCCGUUUGAUGACCACAACUGCCCCCCGAUUCAACUGAUAAUAUCAUUUUGUCAUAGUGCUUACUCAUGGUUGAAGGAAGAUAUUGAGAAUGUUGUGGUUGUCCACUGUAAGGCUGGAAUGGCAAGGACAGGGCUCAUGAUUUCUAGCCUUCUUCUGUACUUGAAAUUCUUUCCUACAGCGGAAGAGUCCAUUGAUUACUACAAUCAAAAGAGAUGUUUCGAUGGGAAAGGACUUGUUCUGCCCAGUCAAAUUAGAUCUGUGAAGUAUUUCGAGCGUACCUUAACAUACUUCAAUGGUGAAAAUCAGCCUGGGCGAAGGUGCAUGCUUCGGGGAUUUCGGCUUCACCGGUGUCCUUACUGGAUACGGCCUGCUAUAACUGUUUCUGAUCAUAAUGGUAUCCUCUUUUCUUCGAAAAAGCAUUCGAGGACCAAGGACUUAUCGCCAGAAGACUAUUGGUUCAGUGCGCCGAAGAAAGGAGUUAUGGUCUUUGCUCUCCCAGGGGAGCCGGGUCUGGCAGAGGUGGCUGGAGACUUCAAAGUCCAGUUUCAUGACCGCCAGGGAGACUUCUACUUUUGGUUAAACACAACAAUGAUGGAAAACAGAACAAUUUUGAACACUGGCGACAUGGACGGUUUUGACAAGAGAAAACUUCCAUCACCAGGGUUUCAAGUUGAGGUGGUUCUGGUAGAUGCCAACAAUAGCAAUGAUGCUCCAGCAUCUCUAAACACACCCCCAGCAAAGUCCGAUGAAGGAGGCUCGAGCACUGUUCCCCCCACCUCGGUCGAGACAGCUUCAGCGCCAACCACACCUGCCACCUCAAUGCAAAGCAAAGACUCCACACCAAGCCCCGACAAGGAUGAUGUAUUUUCAGACAAUGAAGCAGAGGAAUCGGUGUCUUCCAAGAGAAAAGGAGCUGAAGCUACGACACAACCCAAAGCAACUGCUGCAGCAGAUGGGGGAUGUAUUGCAGCGGCGGCCACUGCUAAAACGGAGCAACAAGUUUCGAGUUUAGCAAAAGCGACGGAACAGGUUUCUGUGGCGAAUGCGACAUCCGAGAAGCCGGUGCACAACACUAAUCAGCCAAAGGGAGGCAGUGACACCUCGGGCGGCGUUGCGUCGAACAGCACGGAGAGCGAGUUCAAAGCAAUGGCUGCUGAUGCAUCUGUGUUCACUUUUGGGGACGAUGAUGACUAUGAAAGUGAUUAAAAUAAGAAAGGAGAACGCAAAUCUCCGCUUCUCUUUCUGCUCGGUUCUGUACAUAGUUUAUGGCAAGUUAAGUGGCCAUAGCUUGGUUCUCUGAUUCUGGGUUUGUUGGAACAAAAUGCAGACUUUAGAAGUAAUACUCCCCCUUGCCCCAGAUUGUUUUUAUUUGUUUCAUUGGAUUGUGGAGUUUAUUGUACAUAAUUAGAUUCUUAACAAUGUACAUUUUUCUGUCGUAAUGAAAUGAUGGAAGUUGAUCUACUCAUUUGAAGAGAAUGGGAAGUUAUGGAUUUAUACUCAGGUUAGUUUUUUCUUUAAUUCAAUAAUGGCAAAACUGUCCCUGACUCGUUAAUGGUUGAUCAAGUUUGAUGGAUUGGUCCUCUAAAAAAAGAAGUUCUGGUCCUGGAGGUUCGAUCAUAAUAUUUAUGAAGGGUUUUUUAUGCUGAAAUCGAAAGUUUUCGGUGUAAUCCAUGAACAUAAUUAGUAAAUACUACGUUUAAUACACGUAUAUGUACCUGCACGUACUUUAUCCGUUUAAAACUUUCGUAUCCGUAUUAUUGUCGAACCGUUUCAUUUUUGUCCGUUCAUUUGAUGGCUCCCGUAUUAAACACGUAUAAAACCCGUAUAACACGUUUAAUAUUCGUAUUUAAUGAAUUAAACUAUUAAAU